UUGGUCGUAUGGUCAUUCUAAAGAGUCAUACUUGCGAUUUCGGUAUGUUAACGCGUUUUCGCGUAGCUCAUUGACUCUCAACAGUUCUCUAAUCGACCGGUUGAGAAUUGAUUAAUUGCCUCUAACUAAUUUGAUUUUUUGAUUGGGUUAGUUCUUAAGUAAUUGACAUAGUUGAUUUCAAAUUGAAAUAGUGAUUUUUGAGGUUCGCUUGCAUAUUUUCGCGGGUUGAGGACUUGUAAUAAAAAUUUGUUGGUUUUGUUGAAACCGGACAUUGUUAUUACUAUUUGUUAAAUAUUUAAAUCCUACGUUUUAAACCUACAAGAAGCCACCAUCAUUCUCCCCGCACAGCAAAUCGGGGCGGCCGUGGCGCCAUGGCCUUCUGCGAUCACCUCCGUCGACGAUAUGGCACACAAAGGUAAAGGUAAAGGCCACAGCGGUGUGAACCAGUUAGGGGGUGUGUUCGUCAGCGGGCGCCCGUUACCCGAUUCCACGAGACAGAAAAUCGUCGAGCUGGCCCACUCCGGAGCUCGACCCUGUGACAUCUCCAGGAUCCUCCAAGUCUCCAACGGAUGCGUCUCCAAAAUACUUGGCAGAUACUACGAGACAGGUUCGAUUAGACCGAGAGCGAUAGGGGGAUCGAAGCCUAGAGUGGCUACCGCUGAGGUGGUGUCAAAAAUAUCGUCUUAUAAGAGGGAGUGUCCAUCGAUAUUCGCUUGGGAAAUCAGGGAUCGGUUACUACAGGAAGGAGUAUGUACCAAUGAUAAUAUACCCAGUGUUUCAUCAAUAAACAGGGUUCUUAGAAACAUAGCUGCUCAAAAAGAACAGUCGUCCCAAAAUCCAUCAAACUCUGCAAGUAGUGAUAGCGUUUACGAUAAGUUACGUUUGUUAAAUGGAAACCAAACUAGUUGGAGACCAACUCCUUGGUAUUCUACUGGAAAUACCUUUCCAUUGCAACCUUUAAGCCCACCUCCAACAAUUCUAUCAGAUGAAGGAAGUACAAAAAAAGUAAUCGACUUGGAUGGCUUGCACUCAGACGAAACCAAUUCAGGAGAUAACUCGAACGCGGGGUCCAGUAUAGGUCCUGAUGAUGACCAAGCGCGACUGAGGCUGAAACGUAAACUUCAAAGAAAUAGGACUUCUUUUACUAAUGAUCAAAUUGAUAGCUUAGAAAAAGAAUUUGAACGCACUCAUUAUCCAGACGUAUUCGCGAGGGAAAGACUCGCAGCCAAAAUCGGACUGCCAGAAGCCCGAAUACAAGUCUGGUUCUCCAAUCGGCGAGCCAAAUGGCGUCGCGAAGAAAAACUUAGAAAUCAAAGAAGAUCAAACCAGACUCCAUCAGAUGGCUCAGUACCUAACUCGUCCCCACCCAGAAUACAGAGCUUCGGGAAUACUAGCCCUGCUAUGUAUUCUAGUAUUGCUCCUAGCAUGUCUAUCACUGAUACAUAUGGAACGAUGUCUCCAAUGUCCAAUUUUGGCCAUGGCUCUUUGACUUCGAGCAUGGGUCCUUCCCCAGGAGCAUGUCUGCAGCAGAGAGAGAGUCCUACAAUGGGUGGAGCAAUGGGUGGGUACUGCAUGGGAAGACCAUCCGGGUACGACCUGGGAAUUGGUUAUGGCUCAAGACCAUCACCUUGUAGCCCUGGUCAGCCUUACCAGAUGAAUGGACAUCAGUAUAACACUAAUGGAACAUCUACUGGUCUAAUAUCACCAGGAGUAUCGGUGCCUAUAGCAGUGCCAGGACAAACAGACAUGACAUCGCAGUACUGGCCACGUAUACAGUGACCUUGGUGGACAUAGAAUUUAACAGACAGUUUUAAGUUGUAGUUGGCAUUAGGCUUAAGUUAGUAUAUAUCGGUAACUUGUGCACAAAGUGUUUAAAUGUGAGAUUGUGUUGGUCAAUGGUAAAAAACAUUUUUUACUAAAGUUUUAAACAAAUGUUUGAAUAUAUCGUAUUUCAUUUGUUAAAGGGAUUUGUGCAAAAUAAACUAAAGCCAUUUUCUUACUGUGGCCAAGCCCACAAACGCAUGUGUGACUCUUUAGAUUGUCCAUCAAUUAUUAUUUUAUUUUGUAGCUUUUGUGUAUUUAGAAUUUCCCGUAUCUAAAAGAAAACUUUGAAUAUCGGCUUGAACCAAAGUGAAAAUGAUUUUCAAAUAUUACAAAUUAUGUAAAUAUAGUUAAGAACUCCAUAAAAAAAUAUUAUGUGAUUAAAGCCCAUCCCUUUACGUAAUAGUGUAGUGAAACUACCCGUUAAUUUCCUUAAAGUAGGUACACAAAAAAUUAAAUUUAUGCACAUAUUAAUUUUACAAAUUCACAUGUAAAUGUUAUUAACGAUUAUUGUACAAAACAUAUCCAGAUUUUGUUAGAUAUAAGUUUGAGUGAAAAGUGUAAGUAUUAUUAACCUUAUGUAAAAUAAUUUGUAAUUUUACAAAAAUGAUAAUUAUUUU